UACAAAAGAGGAGAGCUCGACGCAGAAGAAAGUCGCAGACGACGAGCACUCCUUGAGAGAGAGAGAGAGAGAGAGAGAUCGAAGGUCGGAAGGGUAAAACGCUCGGAGCGCGAAGGAUCGGAAGGCCGCCAUGGCGAGGUACGACAGGGCCAUCACCGUGUUCUCCCCCGACGGCCACCUCUUCCAGGUGGAGUACGCCCUCGAGGCCGUCCGCAAGGGCAACGCCGCCGUCGGCGUCCGCGGCACCGACACCAUCGUCCUCGGCGUCGAGAAGAAGUCCACCGCCAAGCUCCAGGACUCGAGAUCGGUGAGGAAGAUUGUUAGUCUGGAUCAGCACAUUGCAUUGGCCUGUGCUGGCCUUAAAGCAGAUGCUCGUGUAUUAAUAAACAGGGCACGAAUUGAAUGCCAGAGUCACAGACUUACAGUUGAAGAUCCAGUGACUGUUGAGUAUAUUACACGUUACAUUGCUGGUCUUCAGCAGAAGUAUACACAGAGUGGGGGUGUGAGACCAUUUGGUCUUUCAACUCUGAUUAUUGGUUUUGAUCCCUACACUGGCGCACCAUCACUGUAUCAGACAGAUCCAUCCGGGACAUUUUCAGCCUGGAAAGCUAAUGCCACUGGUAGAAAUUCCAAUUCCAUAAGGGAAUUCCUAGAGAAAAACUACAAAGAUACUUCAGGGCAGGAAACUGUGAAACUUGCUAUACGUGCAUUACUUGAGGUUGUCGAGAGUGGGGGAAAGAACAUAGAGAUUGCUGUGAUGACAAGAGAGCAUGGCCUGCGACAGCUCGAAGAGGCUGAAAUUGAUGCCAUUGUCGCCGAAAUCGAGGCUGAGAAAGCAGCUGCGGAGGCUGCGAAGAAGGCCCCUCUUAAGGAGACUUGAUUGCCUGCGGUUUCUUCCUGGCCCGUGACAUUCUCAUAGUUUUUUCCUCUCUUUACUCAUCUUCUGUCGCUAGAUGCAAACUGAGGAUGAUGCUUUCGCAGCUUUUUAAGGUCCCGAACAUAUCUGCUUCUGAUUUAUAGUUGUGUUAAGGACUCGUGUUCACGUGUGGGGAAGAAGCUGGCCUUCGCUGCUCCCUGCAUUGUAGUUGUUGUUUUCUGCAUGACGCCGUGAAAUUCUAUUGGAGAAACAGCAUUUUACGUUCCCGGUCAAGGUUUGAUUGGGCUAAUCGAUGACUUUUGCUUC